AUGCAGUGGGCCAGUUUAGCCAUGCGGGCCAGACGGGCGGCCGAGCCGGCGGAGGCGGAGGUGGAGGCGGAACCAACGCGGGAGCAAGAGGCUGCAGCAGUGACUCCUGCUCCCCCCGUCCACCACCACCACCAUCACCAUGAAUUUAGUGAGAUGAAGACCAAGUUCAUGAAUGAACUGGAGAGGCUGCCAAUCCCUCUGUGGGCAGUAGGAGCUAUUAUAGUGGUAGUGCUGGCCUUGGUGGCGUGCUUCAUCUUCUGCAUCUUCAAGAAGUGCUUUGGCAAAAAGAAGAAGGCGAAGAAAGUGCGAGAGAGGAAAACCGGCCGCAGGAGGAAGCACGACGGAGAAGGCGAAGGCGAAAGCGCAGAAAAGGAAGGAGAGGAAAAAAAAGAGGGCGAAGGUGAGGAGAAGGAGCAAGAGAAACUGGGGAAGCUGGAGUUCUCUCUUGACUACAAUUUUACCGAAGCCCAGCUGAUAGUAGGGAUCCUCCAGGCCCAGGAUCUUGCUGCCAUGGACAUGGGGGGAACUUCAGACCCCUACGUUAAAGUUUACCUGCUGCCCGACAAGAAGAAAAAAUUUGAGACCAAGGUCCAGCGUAAAAAUCUGUGUCCUGUCUUCAAUGAGACGUUCAUCUUCAAGAUUCCUUAUGCAGAACUCGGCGGGAAGAUUCUGGUGAUGCAGGUCUUUGACUUUGACCGCUUCUCAAAGCACGACAUUAUUGGAGAAAUAAAGAUCCCUAUGAACAGUGUGGAUCUCGGGCAGCCCAUUCAGGAAUGGAGAGACCUGGAGAGUGGUGAAAAAGAGGAGCAAGAGAAGUUGGGAGACAUCUGCAUCUCCUUGCGCUAUGUCCCCACGGCUGGGAAGCUCACUGUCAACAUUAUGGAGGCUAAAAAUCUCAAGAAGAUGGACGUUGGCGGGCUGUCAGACCCCUACGUGAAAAUUGUGUUGCAGCACAAUGGGAAGCGACUGAAGAAGAAGAAGACAACAGUGAAGAAGAACACACUCAAUCCGUACUUCAACGAAAGCUUCAGCUUCGACGUUCCUUUUGAGCAGAUACAGAAAGUGCAGAUUGUCAUAACGGUGUUUGACUACGACAAACUGGGGAGCAACGAUCCCAUUGGCAAGACCUUCAUCGGCUACGGUGCCACAGGCGUGGGCCUCCGCCACUGGUCAGACAUGCUGGCCAACCCAAGACGCCCCGUGGCUCAGUGGCACACCCUGCAGACCGAGGAGGAGGUGGACGCUGCCCUCAAAGGACCCCAUCGCUAA